CACAGAGAAAAAUAACAGCAGAGGGAGUCCAUAGGCGGCGAUGCGCAUUUCAAACCCCCAGCUUCUUCCUCCUGGCUCGACUGAUAAACCCUAGAAACAUGUGAGGGAUCCAUCAACGUUUCUAUAUCAACUCCUCCGAAGGGUUCGACCUCGCCUCGCUUGACGUCAUCGAAGUCGUCUCAUCCGGGUUUUGCUUGAUCGAGUCGAUUUAGGGUCUAGCGCUUCCUAUCUCUCCGUUCACCUCCUUGUCCACCGAAACAAAUGGACGAUGCAGAAGGCGAUCCUGGGAGCUCGUCCAUGGGGGAAACCUACCGUAGCAAGCGCUUCAAAAGAUCCUCUCGCGGCCAGACGCCCAACCGGCCCAACCCCGUCACCAGGCGCAACGUGCGGAGCGGCGGCGCCGGCGGCGGCGGAGGACUCAGCGAUGACGACGACGGCGACGAAGGAAAUUACGGUAUCCACCAAAACCCUAGUUACGGCUAUGAUUAUCAAAAUGGUAACGGUAGCUUUGGCGGUAGCGGUAGACGGGCACAGGGAUAUGUGAGGAAGCGUGGACAGGAGAAUUUGGUCCCUACUCAUGAUUACGAGGCGGGGUUUCCGAAUCAAGCUUCGUUGAGGAGAGACUUUGCCAAGUUCACGUUGCUGGAAGUGUGGGGAGAGAGGUUUUUGCAGUUGGGUCGGAAGAGUGUGAGGUCUGAGGAUUGGAGCGAGAUUGCUGAGAAAGUGUCGGAGUGGGCGCGGAUGGAAUUCACCGAGGUAGAAUGUAGGCAGCAGCUAGACGCUUUGAAGAAGAAGUAUAAGAAAGAGAGGGCGAAGAUGGAGCGAACAGGAACUACCUCGAGCUGGACGCACUUUAGGAAGAUGGAUAUGCUAAUGGGUAUGAACAUGGAAGAUGGUGGGUUGGCUUGUGGUGUGGAUUCAGGAGAGUUUUGCUUUGCAGAUACCAUGGUUUAUCUGGAUAAGUCGAAUGCGUUUGAUGAGAUGAGGGAUAGUCCGGGCGAGUCGGAGUCGGAGAUGGAUGGGGACGGGGAAGAGGAUGAUGACAUGCCUCCACUGAGGAAGGAAGAUGGAGGAGAAGGGAUGAGGGUUUUGGCAGGUUCAAUAGAGAGGUUUGGGGAGUUAUAUGAGAAGAUUGAGACUAAUAAGAGGGAACAGAUGAUGGAGUUGAAGAAGAUGCAGGCAGAUUUUCAGCGAGAACUGGAGUUGCAGAAGAAGGAGAUUUUGGAUAGAGCACAGGCUGAAAUUGCAAAAAUACAGGCAGGGGGCAUGGACGAGGAUGACGAAGAUGAUGAUGAUAUCCACAGUGAAUAGUCAUGAAUGCACCAUUGAGCCUGUGAACCUGACAGUUUGCCGGAACUAUGUCGCUGUCUAGCGCUUGGGAUAGAAUAGUGCUGAGAACAUACAAAGUUAAGAUGCUUUUUUUAAGCGUGGAGGAGAUAGGCGCUCCCUCUGGCUGAUGCACUUGGCCAGAAAUAGUUGAGAACCAGUGGGGAAUUUUGUAGUUACUGAAAAACGGUAAGGCAUUGGUCAUCAUUUAGGAAUGUUACGCUGCAA